AUGAAGCUUCCGUCGUUUGUCUUAUUUGCGGUUGCUGCUACCCAAACUGGUGGUAGCGCGGUUCUCUCUCGUGCCCCAUGCACAGGAAAUACAGCUACUACUCGAAGUCAAUGGUGUGAUUUUGACAUAAAUACCGACUACUACGAUAUAGUACCAGACACAGGUGUUAUAAGGGAAUACUUUUUCAACUUGGAGCAGGUAACCACUGCACCUGAUGGCUUUUCGCGCGUUGCAUAUGCUAUCAAUGGCACGAUUCCGGCACCAACGAUUAUCGCGGACUGGGGUGAUAUAGUUGUGAUUCAUGUUACCAACAACUUAGGCAUUGCACAAAACGGUACCUCAAUUCACUUCCAUGGAAUUCGACAAAACCGCACAAACGAGAUGGAUGGUGUAGUGUCCAUUACUCAAUGUCCAACGCCCCCUGGUAGUACUAUCACUUACACGUGGAGAGCCACACAAUACGGCUCAUCCUGGUACCAUUCACACUUCGGCUUUCAGGCUUGGGACGGCGCUGCAGGGGGUAUGAUCAUAAAUGGACCCGCCACAGCAAACUAUGAUGAGGAUAAAGGCAUAGUAUUGUUGUCCGAUUGGAAUCAUAGAACAGCCUCUGAGCUCUACUCUGAGACUCUCACCAAAGGUCCCCCAGGUAUAAGCAAUGCAAUAAUCAAUGGCACAAACAUAUGGAAAGACGAAAGCGGUACUACCGUUGGAACUCGGUUCAAUACGUCGGUCACAGCCGGGAAAAGCUAUCGGCUUCGGCUAGUCAAUGGCGGAAUAGACACGCAUUUCAAAUUCUCUAUAGAUAACCAUACGAUGACGGUUAUUGCGGCUGAUUUUGUACCCAUUGUUCCAUAUGAAACCACGUUAUUGAAUAUCGGAAUGGGUCAACGCUACGAUGUUAUUGUCCAAGCCAAUCAGCAUUCUGUCGCGGAUAAUUUUUGGAUACGUGCUGAGCCCCAGACCGCAUGUUCUUCCCAAAAUUCGAAUCAAGGCAAUAUCCUCGGAAUUCUUUACUACGGUAACAAGCCUGAUACCCCGACAACGAAGGGGUACGCCUAUAAGGUCGCUGCGUGCGAGGACGAGUCGCUGGAUAAUUUAGUUCCCCAUGUGGCUCGGAGUGCUGGUAAGGAGCACUGGUCCGAUCUCGAACUGGCGGACCUUAUUCAGCAAGAAAACGUCUUCUUGUGGGCUCUGAACGAGACCUCAUUCUAUGUUGACUGGGCCAAUCCUACCCUGCUUCAAGUCUACAACGACGAGAAAGAAUUUACCCACCGGAGCCACGUCAUCCAGCUGGAUGAAAAGAAUCAGUGGGUCUACGUGAUUAUUCAGGCGCAAAAUGCUGCGUCACACCCGAUCCAUUUGCAUGGGCACGACUUUUAUAUUCUUGGUCAGGGGACUGGCACAUAUAACUCUACUCAGCAACGCAGUCUUUCCAAUCCUACUCGACGCGAUGUUGCGUUGCUGCCAGGCUCUGGUUAUCUGGUUCUAGCAUUUGUUACUGAUAACCCGGGUGCUUGGCUGAUGCAUUGUCACAUCGGAUGGCACACUAAUACGGGACUUGCCCUUCAGUUUGUAGAGCAGUACGGAGCUGCCAGGGGACUGAUAAACCACGACUUUCUCAACAGCACGUGCGAGGCAUGGUCUAGGUACGUCAGCCGCACUUCAAUCAAACAGGGUGUUUACGAAGAUGGUAUUUAG